UCCCAACUCCGGGGAACCUUCCAAAGUUCCAGCCUCCAGGCUGUGUUACAAAACUCUCCGUUCUAAGGAACGUCGGCGUCCCGGGAAGGAGACCCAAGCGCGCCCAGCUUCCAGGCGCUAAGGAACUCCGGGGCGUUCAUCAUGGUGGCCGAUCCGCCUCGGGGAGACCCCAAGGCUGAGCCCACCGCGAACGGUGCCCCGACGUUGGUCCCUAUGGAGGACCCCGGCGCAACAGGAGGCGGAUGCGGCGGUUCCCGGGACCGGGUGCGCCGCUGCCUUCGCGCCAACCUGCUGGUGCUGCUGACCGUGGUGGCCGUCGUGGCAGGCGUGGCGCUGGGUCUGGGGGUCUCGGGGGCCGGCGGCGCGCUAGCUCUGGGCCCCGCGCGCCUGGCUGCCUUCGCCUUCCCCGGCGAGCUGCUGCUGCGCCUGCUGAAGAUGAUCAUCUUGCCGCUGGUGGUGUGCAGCCUGAUCGGCGGCGCCGCCAGCCUGGACUCGAGCGCGCUCGGCCGCCUGGGCGCCUGGGCGCUGCUCUUUUUCCUGGUCACCACGCUGCUGGCGUCCGCGCUCGGCGUGGGCUUGGCGCUGGCCCUGCAGCCGGGCGCCGCCUUCGCCGCCAUCAACGCCUCGGUCGGGACCUCGGGCGCCGCGGAAGAGGCCCCCAGCAAGGAAGUCCUGGAUUCGUUCCUGGAUCUUGUGAGAAAUAUCUUCCCCUCCAACCUGGUGUCCGCGGCCUUCCGCUCAUACAGUACCUCCUAUGAAAACAGAUGGAUCAAUGGAACCAAGGUGAAGGUGCCCAUUGGCGAUGAGGUGGAGAGUAUGAACAUCCUGGGCCUGGUGGUAUUUGCCAUUGUCUUUGGUGUGGCCCUGCGGAAGCUGGGGCCUGAGGGAGAGCUGCUCAUCCGCUUCUUCAACUCCUUUAAUGACGCCACCAUGGUGCUGGUCUCCUGGAUCAUGUGGUAUGCCCCUGUGGGCAUCUUGUUCCUGGUGGCUGGCAAGAUCGUGGAGAUGGAGGACGUGGGGAUGCUCUUCGCCAGUCUCGGCAAAUACAUCCUGUGUUGUCUGCUGGGCCAUGCCAUCCAUGGGCUCCUGGUGCUGCCUCUCAUCUAUUUCCUCUUCACCCGCAAAAACCCCUACCGCUUCUUGUGGGGCAUCAUGACAGCGCUGGCCACUGCCUUCGGGACCUCUUCUAGCUCCGCUACGCUGCCCCUAAUGAUGAAGUGCGUGGAGGAGAGGAAUGGCGUCACCAAGCACAUCAGCCGCUUCAUCCUACCCAUCGGUGCCACGGUCAACAUGGAUGGUGCGGCGCUCUUCCAGUGUGUGGCCGCGGUGUUCAUUGCACAGCUCAACCAGCGAUCCCUGGACUUUGUGAAGAUCAUCACCAUCCUGGUCACCGCCACGGCGUCCAGUGUGGGUGCCGCGGGCAUUCCCGCUGGAGGCGUCCUCACCCUGGCCAUCAUCCUGGAGGCAGUCAACCUGCCAGUUCGGGACAUCUCCUUGAUCCUGGCUGUGGACUGGCUGGUGGACCGGUCCUGUACCGUUCUCAACGUGGAAGGUGAUGCCUUUGGGGCGGGACUCCUCCAAAAUUACGUGGAUCGCUCAGAGUUGCAGAGCUCGGUGCCAGAGUUGAUCCAAGUGAAGAGCGAGAUGCCCCUGUCUCCCCUGCACGUCCCUACAGAGGAGGGGAACCCCCUCCUCAAACGCUGUCCCGGACCUGCGGGGGAUGCGGGCCACUGCGAGAAGGAAUCAGUUAUGUAAACCCCAUAGGGACGUUCCCUGCCCUGAUGGGGCCACUGUGGACAUUGGGAUCAUGAAGUGGGGCUCUGGAGGCCCUGCCUGCACACUCGGGGGACCCAGGGGCCUCAGCUGAUGCCCCGCCCCACGACAUCAGAUCUGGGAGACCUCAAUGCUGGGGUAGAUGUGUAUGUGUGUGUCUCUCCCCAGAUCUCCCCCAGUCCUCAAUUCCUGUUCCCACCCAAAGCUAGGAAACAAGAUGGAGAAAUAGUGUAAAUGUGGGCUUCUGCCCUCUGCGAGGAAGGAUGUUCCAAUGGGUUUGCUGGCUAUUUUGGUGGCUGUAACUGUGUGUGUGUGUGUGUGUGUGUGUGUGUGUGUGUUGUGACUCUACGGUACAUCCCAUCCUGUCCCCAGGCCCUCUGUUCCCUCCAUAGUAACAAACACUCCAGGGGACCCUGCCGGGGUGGGGGACACCAAGGACAAAGACUGCUGUCACUCCAAAGGACCUUUUUGAGCAAUAAAGUUGUGAAGCGUAUCUCAUCAGAUGUUUUUAAGACUAAAAGCACGAGCCACACAGAAAAAACAAACACGAAAAAUCGGGCUUCGUUGACAUAAAAUAGCUGUUCAUCAAAAAACCCCACUGGAGAAACCACGAUGAGCUGCCACUGCACACCUGUUGGAAAGGCAGAAAGCAAGUGCCGAGUGUGGCUGAGGAAGUAGAGCGACUGAAUAGAGCCCCACACUCUGCGGGCGGGAAUGCACAACAGUCCAGACACUUGGGAAAAGUUGCUGGGCAGUUUCUUACCAAGUCAACAUAAUACACUUACUAACAGCUCAGGAGUCCCACUUACCAAAGAGAAGAAAAAACUUCGGUCCACCCAAAGCCCAGUACACAAAUGUCUAUGGCUGCUCUCCCCAUAAUUGCCAAAAUUUGGAAAUGCAUCAAUUGAUAGAGGAGUACAAAUAUUAUGAUGGAUGGCCACUCAGCAAAAAA